GGAAAUAAAAAAACAAAAUCAAAGAAAUGGAAUAGGGACUCAUGGCAGUAGAGAUUUUACCUUUGCAAAUGGCCUCCAUGUGCAUGACCCAACAGAGUUGUCAUAUCAUUUUUAAAGCACAAGUUCCACAGCAUAUCACAAAGUAAUAAUAAGGCUAUACAUGAUAUAGGGGGAAGAAAUCUUAUAUUAUUAAUAAUAAUUACAAGUUAAUUAAAUUGUAAAUUUGCAUGAACACAGACAUAUAAAUAUGCUUUUUUUUUUAUCUUUCAAAAACUUAGAACCUUUUGAGGGAAACAACACUCCUUUCCAUUUCCCAAAACUAGAAAAAGAAUUUGCACAACCCACACAACACAAAGCCCCACACUUUACCCAAAGAGCCUAGAGAAGAGACAUAUUUCUAGAUCCACAUCAAUAACCCACCUUGAAACUUGAGUGAUGAAGAGAAAAAAAAAAAAAGAAAAAAGAGAGAAAAAAGGAAAAGGAAAAGAAAGAUAAGGGAAAUGAAAACUUCCCUUCAUCAAUCCCAAUAAUGGGAUUCAUGCUAGCAAAGAAAGGAAACUGAGAUGAAGAAAACCCAUGUGAGUUUUGGCAGAGAAAAAGAAAAUUGCAAAGAAAACUCUUCUCUUCUCAUUUCCUUCACUGUCUAUUGCACAGUCAAAAAUCCUCAUACCUCUGAACAACUUCUCCCAUCAUUUCCCACAACCCAAUGCCCCCACACUCCAUCAUUUUCAUUUAGACAAGUGUGAAAAAUAAUCUAACAAAUUCAAAUUAAAAAUAAAAAGAAAUUAGAACAUCCAAAAUAUAUAAAUUGCAAAGAAUAAUAAUAAUAAUGAUAACAAAAGCUAUGGUCUUUUUCUCUAUGUCUCUCUUAAUAGUCACAUUCCAAUGACUUUACAUCAAUUGCGUUAGUAUUAGUAGUCUCCAAUAUCCAGCCAUAUUAGUGUUUGUUUGCUAUUGAUGUUGCACUAUUUAAACAGUGAAGUGUUUAUUCUCAUUCAUGAAUAUGUUUUCUUUUCUUUGUUCUUACUUUUAAGUGGAUUUUAAAACAAAAAAAAAAAUUGUUUAAUUCUUUUCACUACAACAUCCUGUUGAUGUUGGUUGCCACAGUGAUUGAGACUUGAAAGCGCCCAUCUUUUCAUGUCCAUUGACACUGAUAGUUGAUAUAUCUCUUGGCUUGUUCAUGUCCUCUUUUGACCCUUCUCUCUCAGCUCUAUUUUUUUUUCUUCUCCACCGCCCUUUUCUUUCUUUAUCAUUGUCAAGCACUGUGUUGAACAAGAAUAGCUUUCAGCUCUGAGAAAAGAAAAUAAAAAAGAAAGAAAGUGAUAAUAAGAUGGGGUCUUUAGGAGUUCAUGAAACUUCAAACAAGAAGGCAAUGUGGUUCUAUCCUAAGGUUCUUGGAUUUCAUCCUUCUGAAAGAUGGGGACACUCUGCUUGUUAUUCUCAUGGACUUGUUUAUGUUUUUGGGGGGUGUUGUGGGGGUUUGCAUUUCAGUGAUGUUUUAAUGCUAAAUCUUGAUACUAUGUCGUGGAAUACUUUGGCAACUAUUGGUCAAGGGCCUGGUCCUAGAGACAGCCACAGUGCUGUUCUCGUCGGGCGCCAAAUGUUCGUGUUCGGUGGCACAAAUGGCUCUAAGAAAGUAAAUGAUCUUCAUAUAUUAGAUCUUGUGACCAAAGAGUGGAUACAACCUGAAUGUAAAGGGACUCCCCCUUGCCCUCGCGAAAGUCACACUGCUACUCUUAUUGGCGAUGAUAGAAUAUUGAUAUUUGGGGGUAGUGGAGAAGGUGAAGCAAAUUACUUAAAUGAUUUGCAUGUUUUAGACCUCAAGACUAUGAGAUGGAGUUCUCCAGAAGUGAAGGGCGAUAUUCCUGUUCCUAGAGACAGUCACGGUGCUGUGGCAAUAGGUAAUGACCUUUUUGUGUACGGUGGUGAUCGUGGUGACAGGUAUCAUGGCAAUGUUGAUGUGCUUGAUACUGAUACAAUGACUUGGUCUAAGCUAGUUGUUCAAGGCUCUUCACCGGGUGUUAGAGCAGGUCAUGCUGCUGUGAACAUUGGAAACAAGGUUUAUGUCAUUGGUGGGGUUGGAGAUAAACAUUAUUACAAUGAUGUUUGGGUUCUUGAUGUGGUGGCUUGUUCAUGGACUCAACUUGAUAUAUGCGGCCAGCAACCUCAAGGGAGAUUUUCUCAUACUGCUGUUGUAACAGAUUCAGAUAUCGCCAUCUAUGGAGGGUGUGGAGAGGAUGAACAUCCUCUGAAUGAGUUAUUGAUCUUGCAGCUCGGAGCAGAGCAUCCUGAUGCUCCUUACAGAAUUCCCAUAUGCAAGAUUUUUGGAAAACAUUGGAAUCAAGAAAAGAGGAGAUCCCCUCAAGCAGAAAAUGACUCGAGAAUUACAUUAUUGGGAAAUGAUGGAAUAGUUAGAAAGGGGGCUCAUGAACAAGAAUCAGAGUCGAAACAAGCUUUCCGUUUCAGUUCAGAUAGUCCAUAUCCGAAGAGGAAAAGGACCACAAAUUCAAAGUCGUGGGAGGUUGAAUCAGAACAGGAGGAGCAUUCUCUUUCACUCUCUCAACAUUCAUCUCCAUCACAAUCUGAUCAAGAGCAGACCCCAGUUAGAAAAGCUACAGAUUCCAUCACAGCUUCUCAAGGAUUUAAUUUGUUUAAGCAGUUGAAUAGAAGUCCUAGAAAUUGCCAAACUAUUGAUGUUGCAAGCUACCAGAAAGAACCUGGAAAUACAAUCCAAAAAAGUCCAUAUAAUCUCCAAAUUUUAAGAGAGCAUACAAAACCAGAACAAUGUGUUCAUAUUGCUCAUACAGGUAGACAAGGAAUGCAUUUCCCAGCAAUGGACGAAAAACCCAAGGACGCAGGAUAUGCUCAGAACCUGAUUGGUGCUGAGGUACGUGGUAGAGUUGACGGAGCAUUCGACUCGGGCCUUCUAAUGACUGCAACAGUAAAUGGGAAGAUCUUUAGAGGAGUAUUGUUUGCCCCUGUAUCUGAAGUUGUAUCAAGAGGGGCCAUCCUAGCUCAAAAUCCUUCAACUCCAGCAAACCAUAUUGUCAAUGCUCACUCAUUUCCCAAUUCAAAUCACAUGGAAUCCCUGAAGAUUUGUCGACAACCAAGCACAUUUCCCAUGCCAGAAUCCGGCCAGAGUUUUCGACAAACUCAAAUGAACACGACAAGAUCAUAUCCUUUAGUAAGAGCUACCCCAUCAUUAGCCAAAGAACCAAGGCUCAGAAAUGAUCUUCAAGGAGUUGUUCUAACAUUAGGAGGACCUGGAAGUGGCCAUGUUGGACAAAUUUAAAGUAAUGGGUAAUUUUCUUUCCUUUUUGUAAAUCCCAAGUAAAUUUUAUUAUAGAUUCUUUUCCUCCUUGUUUUUCAAGAUGGUUGUAAGAGUUGAGGCUUCAGGACUAGGACAAGUUAUCUGAUCUGAAGUCUGUCUUUUUUGGUCGAUGUAAUAUUAUGGGCUUCAGCGUCACACUUCAAUGUUAAUCCGAGUGUCAUCUUCUUGAGUGA